AUGUCGAGGUCGGCCCUUCGAGACGGCGAGAGCACGACGAGGCCGUUCUGCAGCUGCUGGAGCAAGUGCUCGAGCGGCACGCAGCUUUAUCCAGUUGAACGGAACACGGACGCGGAGAAACUCCCGCAGCGGCAAGACAAAGACGCUCCAGUCGGUGGUUUCCUCCAAGCAAUCGACAAGCGGCGAGGAGUGGGUACUGCUUGUCUCCUCUCAGUCGUCGCGGGAGCUCGGGUUGCAGCAGGUGCGCUGACAUCCCAUGCAACGGCGAGCACCCGACGCUGCUUGACAACGUCGUUCGUCUCGGGCUCAUUUCCCUUGCGCUUGGUUUCCGUUGGCGUCUUCUUGGCCAGCCGGCACGAGCGAUGUGGCUGCGUCACUGUGGGAACUUGGUUGUUGUUUCGUGGUUGGCGCCAGCGUCGAAGUCGCUUCACAUGGCGCGCUACGUGCGUUAUUGCCUUGGCUAGAGCUGUGGCGAUUGCCGGCUUGGGCUUUCUGGCCACACUGAGCUGUCGGGUGGGCUGCUUGGAUGGGCUGGCACCCUGUUAUGAUGUGUCACGCGAACUCGGCUUGACAAGCAAUUGA